AUGAAUUUGCAAGAGCUUCGGGGUUUCUUUUUCCGCUUGUCGGUGGAAAGCAGUUGCAAGGGGUCGACAGGAAGCGGGGAUAAUACGACAAAGACAGUUGCGGGGGAGUAUGGAAGAGCGACUUCAUACUCCAUCAAGAUCGAUGACUAUCCAGCAACUAACAAUUAUCCCUUCAACGUGGCGCCUUGCCCUCGGGAUUGCGGCUGCGAAGCGAAUAUCGACAGCAGCAAUUCUACGUCUGAUUUCCCGGCGGGCGGCCGUGUGCACAUAUCUGGGAGCCGUCGUGUUGUGGAAGCCCUGGCAAGCCGGUGGGCAGAAAUCCUGGAUCUGGACUCGAAGGCGGAGUUCCACCCAGCCGCCGUGCUGCAUGACAUAGUCUCCUGGGCCAUUGAGGAGGUUGCGGCCUUGCACGCGUACGAACGAGAAAUCUCCACGUUAUCACUGAACGACAUGUUUGUUUCCUUCGUUAGCCCUGACCCGCCGGAAGGCGACGGCGACGUGGGCAACCUUUUGGGGGACCCAAUGGAUGUCGACGUGGACGUGGGAGUGGCAUUCGACGUGGACUUGGACGGAGUGGAAGCGUCAUCUCCCACAAAUUCGAUUGGCGCUGGCAGCGCAACCCGGACAGUUGCGUCGCCGCGCAUUGACUCGCCGCAGUGGCCGGGAAGGGGCGGGGGGACGCAGUUGGCGCCGCCGUCGCUGACGCCGCCGUCACAGCCGCGACGAAUGCCUUCAACGGCGCAGACGCAGGGGCCGCCGUCGUCGUCACCGUCGCCGCCGCUGCGUCGGUCUCGGGAGCAGUCUCGGCCGCCGCCGUGGUCGUGGUCGGUUUUGCCGUCUGAAGCCGCAUCCCUGGCACCUCGUCCUAAGCGGUCGCCUAGACCAUUAACGAGUCACCUCGAAUCGAUGAGGCGGCCAUCAACACUGCUGCAUGUGCCGCCGCAACGGGAGCCACCGCCCAGGCCGCAGACGCAGCUGACGCCGCAGACGCGGCUGGUACAACAGCAUGCUGAGCCGCCGUUACGUCAGCUCACCAAGCAACCCAAGCCGUUACCUCAGCCACACAAGCUGCCGCAGAAGCAGCAGAUUUCGCAGCAUCGUGUUCCGUGCUCCGAAAUGCGGCCGCAGCGGCCGUCACAGCUCGAUCAGGGGGUGCGAACGAGAGCCUCGACAAGUACUGAGUCGCGCCCGAGCUUCAUGCGGCCAACGGCCUCUUCCUGUGCCAAGUCACGCAAUGUCACAGCUGUCGCCGCGGAUUUGGCGGGGCAUGAGGAGGGCUUUAAAGCUUGCGGCUUACCACAGGGUUUUCCGACGCCCGACAUUACCGGUCAGGACUGGCGAGCUUUUCGCGCGCAUUUGGUGGCUUGGGAGCAUAGUGCUCGUCGUGCAGCGGAGCGCUCUUCCCAGCUGCAGAGGCCUCCUUAUCCUCCUCUCGUGUCCGGAAAGAGCUGGGCCCAUCCACUCGCAGAGCCCGAGGCGGGGUGCCUGCUACUUGCACGCCAGGACAACAUGAGCUGGUACACGGGAUCAGUAAUCUUAAUCGCUUCCCACGACCCACGGGUCGGUUCCGUGGGCUACGUUCUCAACAAGCCCGCCAACCUCACCCUAGGGGAGCUGAAACUGCUGGAAUCGGUCCCGGGUUUCCAAGAGGCCUUUGGCAGCCAGCGGAUGCAGCUGGGUGGUCCUCUGUACCUCGACCGAGUGGCUCUGUUGCACCGCCUUGUGGGUCUUAGAGGCAGCCAGAAGAUUGCCGAGGGAAUGUACAUGGGCGGCCUACCAGACGCCAUUCGGCUGGUGACCGCGGGAGUCCUCCGGCCUCAGGACUUCACCCUCGUGCUGGGGAUGUGUGGCUGGCGGCCGGGGCAGCUGGUGGACGAGGUGGCGGCAGGCUGGUGGCACCUCAUCUCCGCCAGUCCCGACCUGGUGCUUCCAUCACCCGCAUCCCCCAGGAGCGCGAACACCGCCACCGAGGACUGUUCCAACGAGGGCACCAUCGCCACCAACACCACCAACACUUCCUCGAUGGGGUGGCCCGAGGGACCUCGUUCUUCCACGUCCUCCCCUUCUUCCGCCUCCCCGCCCUCCUCCGCCUCCUUGAAGAGUCGUGCCGCUGCCGGUUGCUCGUCCUCCGCCGCGUCCCCCUCGUCCGCGUUGUCCUGUUCGCGCGGGCGACUUCAAGAGCAUCGGGAGGAGCCGCCGCCGCCGCAGCAGCAGCAGCAGCAGGAGGGGGAGGAGGAGGAGGACGAGGAGGAGGGGGCCUUGGAGGUGCAGCGACGGCGGUGCAUGGAGGCAGCGGAGGGUGGGCAAACGCCCAGCAGUAGCAACAGCAGUAGCAACAGCAGGAAUGCUGGCGGUAGGAGUAGCAGUAGCAGUAGCAAGGGCAGUAGGCGGCGCUCUGGUAGUGCUGAGUCGGCGAUGUACAAGCGGAUUGCGCGGCUGGCCGUGAGGGGGGCGUGA